AGGAUAUUGGUAAUGACAAUCAUCACACUCUUAGUGAAAAGUUAUACCUGGGAAGGUGCAGCAACCGAUCUGACAUCUACAUUGUGGGAUAGAGGGGUAAAGAAAGGGUCUAUACUAUGGAUAGAUGCUCACUGCGAGGGAGAAAUCAAUUCUUUGUGUCACCUCACAGCAUAUUGGGAUGACAGGUUCGAGACGACCGAGGAGAAAACCCAUAUAAAGUACAAACUGAUAAACAAUUCAUUCUCAUGGGAAAACUUCUACAACCAAGCAGAUCAGUUUGUCUCUAUGUUGGAGCCAAGAGAUGUCAUUUCCAUCACAGCCUCCUGCAGCUUAAGCUUACCUAUAACUCCAAUAGCGCCGUUUAUCAAUACCAGUAGUAUGGCCGUUUUAUUUGUCUUCUACUUCGACAAAUACUACUACCACAACAAUUUUGAGUUGACAAUAUGGGGCGAUCCCAACUCCGCGAUCCCAACCCCUGCAGUGAUAAAUGAAAUACCAAUUGAAUUACCGGGUGGCGGUCAUGGAAUAAUGCCUCCACUGAUGGGUCCAGUUAUCACCGGCAAAUUGACAAUGGAUAUGCUCGGCGUGCCGAAACUCAAUAUAUCUAGGCCUAUUAUAAGGGAAAAGCAAAUCAUAAAGCACUGCGAGGUAAGAGAUAAUGACUGGAACGGUGCCGCAGAAAGAAUUAUCAGUGAGCUAGAAAACAAAGGGGCUAAGGCAGGACAAAUAAUUGCGAUAGACGCGCAUAAUAAUGCCGCUACUGGACAAGCGAUCUUCUCUGCGUGGUGGAACGAGUCACUCCCUAAUUUCGGAGACUUAAACGGAUAUAUGAUGAAGGAGGGAAUAAAUAAUUUGAACUCUUGGGAAGCACAGGCAAUCGAAGCAAGAGAUUUUAUUACAAACCUACAGAGUGUUGGAAAUGGAAAAACUAUAAAAGUCUUCUCAUUCACCUCUUGUAUUAACAAUUUCGUAUUGUCUUAUGGAGUGACAUAUACUUUCUACGCAAAAGAUGAGGUAGUAAAAGAUGGGUUUAUCCUGGAUGAAGAGAACAUCAAAAAAAAGGAACCAGUGAGAUGCAUGCAAAUACCAGCAUCAACUCACGAUAACCCAACUGAUGUGAUUACUGACUAUACGUUAACAUUGAGUGAAUCAUCUGAAAAGACAUCUACUUUCACGAGUACCUACGAGCGUACAUCUGGCUGGAAGUUGACUGCAGGGGCUAAUAUCACGCUUCCUGACAUUCCAGUGACCAUAUCUACAACCGCUGAGAAAAACCAAUCAGAAACAUGGAAAGAAAUGAAAGAAUUUUUUACCAAAGAGAGCAAUGCUCUUCAAACUACAACGAAAUUUAACAUUCCGGCACAAUCGAUCUUAGUUGUAAAAGUUAUUGAGGAAAUAAGCGAAUUUUCUGCCCCCUACAAAAUGACGAUGGUAUCAGGGAGGGUUUCCAGCGGAAUCUGGAUAACUAAGAAAAGAGCUGUAACCACAAGUAGUAAACCCUUCCCGUUGGAUACACCAGGUGACGUGAUCAAAAGAGAACUUGAUAACACGGACCUCUAUACUUAGCCGGACUUCGCAUGCUACGUGACGCAUAUAAUGGCGGUUGGGCGCUACUGCAAGCGCGAGAGGGGUCUGGUUAGAUCUGUACGUGAGAGCCUUGAUUUAUUCUGUGGAUCUCUUUCAGUGACUCCAGAUAUUACCUCUGAACACGUAAC